AUGGCUUGCCAGCAGUUUGGGAAGAACAGGGGAGCUCAGGCAGCCCCACAGAAAGCCCACCUCAGAGCGUCCACCCUUAACUCGACCGCCUGCCGCACGUGGUUCGAGCAUGUCAGCAUGCUGGUCAUCAUGCUCAACUGCGUGACCCUGGGAAUGUUCCGGCCCUGCGAGGACGUCGAGUGCCAGUCGGAGCGCUGCAGCAUCCUGGAGGCCUUCGACGACUUCAUCUUCGCCUUCUUUGCGGUGGAGAUGAUCAUCAAGAUGGUCGCCCUGGGGCUGUUCGGGCAGAAGUGCUAUCUGGGCGACACGUGGAACAGGCUGGAUUUCUUCAUCGUCAUGGCGGGCAUGAUGGAGUACUCCCUGGAUGGACACAACGUGAGCCUCUCCGCCAUCCGGACGGUGCGUGUGUUGCGGCCCCUCCGCGCCAUCAACCGUGUGCCGAGUAAGUGAUCCCUCCGUGGGACAGGACCGGGUGUCCUGCCGGCCUUACUGACAGCUCUCAAGGGUCCCCUAG